AUGUUCUGUUUAAGGAGUUGGCUCCCACUCCUCUUCAUUCCCACCAAUGCCUCGCCCGCCUUCAUCUUCCUCUUCUUCGUCUGCACAUACUUCUUGAAUCGGCCGUGCGUGUACUGCUCCGUGCUGCUCCUGAUCCUCUUCGUCACGUCGUGUUAUUGGUCCGAUCGAUGCUUUUUCGACUUCAGCAGCAACUGGUUCGCGCCCCGGUCCUCGCCGUCUUCUUACUACGAUUGCGCUGGGAACUGUACGACAGUACUGGAAGGAGAGAAGGGCUUCAAUGAGACCGCUCUCGACAUGUUGAACACGACCGCGACUGCUCUGGUAGGCGCUGCAGCUGACGAGCUCACCAAGCGCAAGGCUGAGUGGACGGGCUUGGGCAUCGAGUGGUUGAGGAGUCUGCUGGGACGACGAGAGUGGACGAUCGAGUGUAUGGACGUCAACAUUCGGCUUUAA